AUGGUCUACAGGCUCAAGAAAGCCUUGUAUGGCUUAAAACAGGAACAAGCUGAAACACAGCUCAUUGUGUCCCUUUAUAUUGAUGACCUCUUAGUGACAGGAGGAGACCAGAACAUACUGGCUGAUUUCAAGGCCAAAAUAAAAGACAUGUUUGAAAUGUCAGAUUUGGGGCAAAUGACUUACUUUCUUGGAAUGGAGGUGCAACUAACUCACAGUGGAAUCUUCUUGGGACAGAAGACAUUUGCUGCAAAAAUUCUAAGAAAAUUCUUUAUGGAGAAUUGCAAGCCAACAAGCACACCUAUGGCUGUUGGAAUGAAGCCAUCGAGUCAAGGAGAUCAUGAACAGGUCAGUGAGCCUGCCUAUAGGAGUUUAGUUGGCUGCUUAUUGUAUUUGACAGCAACUAGACCAGAUAUCAUGUUUGCUGUAAGUUUACUCUCAAGGUUCAUGCACUGUUGUAAUGAAGAGCAUUUUCGAGCAGUAAAAAGGGUGCUCAGGUACAUCAAAGGCACCUUGAGCUAUGGAUUACAAUUUAGCAGAAGUGAAGAUCUGAAGCUGAUAGGCUACACUGACAGUGACUGGGCUGGUUUAAAGGAUGACAUGAAAAGCACUUCAGGUUAUGCAUUUACACUUGGUUCAGCAAUGUUUUGCUGGAGUUUGAAGAAGCAAAAUGUGGUGCCUCAAUCAACAGCAGAAGCUGAAUAUAUGGUGUUGCUGGAGCAGUUAACCAAGCCAUUUGGCUAA